AGCCGGCGCGGACGCCUCUUCUCGGCUGGGCUCGAUUUGCAGCCGCGUCUGCUCGCCUUCCUCGCUGAGGGCUGGCCGGCGCCAUGGUGAAGCAGCAGUUCCGCGAGACGGACGUGGCGAAGAAGAUAAGCCACAUCUGCUUUGGGAUGAAGUCUCCUGAAGAAAUGCGGCAGCAGGCUCACAUCCAGGUGGUUAGUAAAAAUUUGUACAGCCAGGAUAACAACCACUCUCCUCUUCUGUAUGGUGUAUUGGAUCACCGCAUGGGUACAAGUGAAAAGGAUCGUCCAUGUGAAACCUGUGGAAAAAAUUUGGCAGAAUGUUUGGGGCAUUAUGGCUACAUUGACCUGGAGCUACCUUGUUUUCAUGUGGGGUACUUCAAAGCUGUGAUAGGCAUUCUCCAGAUGAUUUGCAAGACUUGUUGCCGUAUCUUGCUAACCUCUGAAGAACAGAAACAAUUUUUGGAUUAUCUGAAGAGACCCGGGUUGACCUAUCUCCAGAAAAGAGGCUUGAAAAAAAAGGUCUCUGAAAAGUGUAGGAAGAAGAACACCUGCCCACAUUGUGGUGCUUUCAAUGGUACUGUAAAGAAGUGUGGCUUGCUAAAGAUAAUCCAUGAGAAGUAUAAGACCACCAAAAAGAUAGUGGAUCCCAUUGUGUCUAACUUCAUUCAGUCUUUUGACACUGCGAUAGAACAUAACAAAGAGAUUGAGUCCUUACUGGGAAAAGCCCAGGAGAACUUGAAUCCCUUAGUGGUUUUAAACAUCUUAAAGAGAAUUCCUGCAGAAGACAUUCCCCUCCUUCUGAUGAACCCUGAAUCAGGGAAGCCUUCUGACUUGAUCCUGACUCGCCUCUUAGUUCCCCCACUGUGCAUUCGGCCAUCUGUGGUCAGCGACUUGAAAUCUGGCACCAACGAGGACGAUUUAACGAUGAAGCUGACAGAAAUCAUUUUCCUUAAUGAUGUGAUCAAAAAGCAUAGAAUAUCAGGAGCCAAAACUCAGAUGAUAAUGGAAGACUGGGAUUUUCUGCAGCUACAGUGUGCCCUAUAUAUUAACAGUGAACUUUCCGGCAUUCCCCUCAACAUGGCCCCCAAGAAGUGGACAAGAGGCUUUGUUCAAAGACUCAAGGGAAAGCAAGGUCGAUUUAGGGGAAACUUGUCUGGAAAGCGAGUCGAUUUCUCAGGCAGAACCGUUAUCUCUCCUGACCCAAACCUGCGAAUUGACGAAGUGGCUGUACCUGUUCAUGUGGCAAAGAUUCUUACCUUUCCUGAGAAGGUAAACAAAGCCAACAUUGGCUUUAUGAGGAAACUUGUUCGGAAUGGUCCAGAGGUUCAUCCUGGUGCCAACUUCAUUCAGCAGAGGCAUACACAAAUGAAACGGUUUUUGAAAUACGGAAACCGUGAGAAGAUGGCUCAGGAGCUGAAGUACGGUGACAUUGUAGAGAGACACCUUAUAGAUGGAGACAUAGUCUUGUUUAACCGACAGCCCUCUUUGCACAAGCUCAGCAUCAUGGCACAUAUAGCUAGAGUAAAGCCGCACCGGACUUUCAGGUUCAAUGAGUGUGUUUGCACACCAUACAAUGCUGAUUUUGAUGGCGAUGAGAUGAAUCUCCAUCUUCCUCAGACCGAAGAAGCCAAAGCCGAAGCACUUGUCCUGAUGGGGACCAAAGCAAACUUGGUAACACCGAGGAAUGGAGAGCCCCUUAUUGCUGCAAUUCAGGAUUUUCUAACAGGUGCUUAUCUCCUCACACUGAAGGACACUUUCUUUGACCGAGCAAAAGCAUGUCAGCUGAUUGCCUCUAUUCUGGUUGGCAAGGAUGAAAAAAUUAAAGUUCGCCUCCCACCUCCAGCAAUUCUUAAGCCGGUCACCCUGUGGACAGGAAAACAGGUGUUUAGUAUAAUUCUGAAGCCUGGGGACAGUUGUCCGGUCAAGGCCAACCUCAGAACCAAAGGCAAACAGUACUGUGGCAGAGGAGAAGACUUGUGCAGUAACGACUCCUGUGAGUAGUGUGGCCACCCUGAUUUUUUAUCACGCUCAU